AUUGAAUGGGACCGAUUACCUGUUUUUGGUUUACCUGUGUGUCUAUACGUGCCUUAUGGGAUGCCUGUGCAAUACAAAAUGGCCGGGGCCAACGAAGUGUGUCUUGUUUGGUCAACACUCACAUAAACACCGUCAAAAUGGCUAGAUUUAGUGAACAGAAACAUUGCUAAGCAUCACCUUAUCUUUGAAUCUCACUUGGUAAAGUCGGACAAGGCUGGCCGUGUUAGUCAUGUCGGAAUCACCAAAGGACGGCUCUCGGCCAUCAAGUCCAUUCCAGCCUCCUGUAUCCCAAGAAAGAGCCAUCCUGGAGACCUUCUUCCAUGCUCUUAGUCAAUUUGCCUUUGACAAGGCCAAGGACCAAGUGGAAAAAGAGAGGGAUUCCAGGAAAACUUUGGCCCAGAUGUCUAUGUGGGUAUCUGUCCUGAACAGCUUGUCGCAUCUGGCUAGUGCUGAAAAGAUUUACUUCUCGUUGGCAUUUAUUGCCAGGAAGUUUUUCAGAAAAGAUACAUUGCGUGACAUGUACAAGACGCUCUUGGUGGAAUUGAAAAAGACCUCAGAGGUCACCCCUGUCGCUUCCCACAGCGUUCUGCUAGUAGAGGGCAGUUUGCUGGCGGAACUCAGCAGGCAUUUGACUCAGUUUGUACAAGCUAGAAUGGAACUCAUGGAUUUCUAUGAAGUCAUGGCAAGUAUAGCAGUCAGCCCAGUUGUGAACUACACAGAUCUUGUCAUAAUGGUUGAUGAGCUCAUUCACAGGCAUCAAAAUUGCUUUCAUCAUCCUAUCCUAGAUCCAGUAAAGUCAAGUUUUUCUUUUGAGGUGGAAAUCCUUCUCCACUCCCUGCGUGCCCAGUGUGAGAUGUGUGAGCUCAAGUUUCUGCCAUCUUUACUCCAACUUCACGCCAGCCACACUAAGCUCACAUCAUGGAGUCAGUUGCUUCCUGCUCUCAACAGCAAGGAGCUCUCCACAUCACUCUCCAUCAAAAAGUCUCUAUUCAGCAGUGGCCCUAAGAAACAGAUGGAGACACCAUUUCUCUACUUGUGGAUCAGCAAACUCCACGCUGCUCUCGUCUCUAAAUUCACAUUAUAUUUCUACCCGGUUCUUACCGAACAGACCACAACCGCUGACAUGAAAGUACUGACUGCGCGAGCAACAGUGGACUACAUCGCGAAAAUUACCGCAUUCCAACGCCGCUCAGACGCUCUCAAUGUCUCCGUACUCUUGGAUGCGCGGGGCCUGGACUCUUACUCGAGCGAUGGCUACCAUUUCCCGCAAGACAAACGGGACCAGCCCGCGGGACUUGGGGCUUUUCCCGCUGUGGUUUCCUUCCCUGGGGAGCGCCCUUUAGAGCACUGGCCAAAUAUCAUAUCAAUCAUGAUGGACAGAGCGCAUGCUCAAGACUUGGCAUCGGCUGAGAAAGUGGUCUACUUCUUUGACAACCGCGUGCAGAGUACGUACUUUUUGACGCGAAUCGACUCGAGACUCACACUCGUCGUGAUAUUCAACAGCAAGCGAAAUGAAAAAGACUCGUACAUAACAAGUUUUAUGAGCGAUAUGGCGCUUCACUUGAGAAACACCAAAGUGUUUGCCAUGUUAAAGCCCGGCGCCAAGGCAUGACGUCACCUUCACCAUUGAAACAGGUUGGACUUGCUGCGCAUGCGUACAAAAUUACACCACGCGCGCCAAGUACCAUGUUUUGGCGGGAAAAUCAAUAGAGAAAGAGAUUCUUAAAAAAAAAAUUUAGAAUAAAGGUUAAAAACUCGAUGCCCAUGAAAGAUUUAAUUACAAAGAUAUCUAUUUGAAAAACAAAUAAUAACACCAGCUUUGCAUUGAACUUCUUUUUAUUUUUGUAUUUAUUGAUAUAAAGUCAUAUAGUAAUAAUGGUGAAUUAAUGUACGAGAAGUGACUAUAUAUUGGCUUACAGUAUCUUGUGAAUCGAUGGUGUUGUAUAAAAGUGUUGAGUUAUUGUUUUUAUUUAUCAUAUUUAUACUCCUAUUGUUCUUAAUAUUGCGUUUGUUGCCCAAUCAGUCAUAGCAAGUUUGAAAUUGUGGUUUAUUGUGAAGUAUUGAACUUGAAAUAAAUUUUCCAAACUGAAAGUUAUUCGCAAAAAUACACCUUAGUUUCGAAUACAGGUUGAAUAUAAAUGGUUUGAAUUGUGUUUUUUUUUCUUCCAAAAAUGUAUACUAGCUACCCAACUAUUAUUUCAAGUUUUCAUAGUGAUUUAGUAUAAAAAAAAGCCUAGAUAGACUGCAGACUAGAUAUGUCUUGGAACAACUUUACCAUUACUAUAUAAGGAUCUUUGGAUCACAUUUGGAAGUUUCUCUGGACAACGAUUUUAUAAGAACUAGGUCUCCAACCUAUAUUAUAUUCUUCUCUAAAUGUUCAUUAUUGUUACUAAUGCUUUUGGACCUUAAUGGUUACCUAACUUUAAUAAACGUACUUUGAUGUUGAA